UCGCCCGUCUCUGACCUGUCCCUUUUUAUUCUUCUCCUCCCCCCCUCCCCCUUUCGUCUCAUCCCUUUCUUCCCCUCGUUUUUCCUCCGCUCCGUCUCGCGGAACGCACCAAAUGUUCGCGCCGCAUGCCCCGAGUGCCCGCAGCACCACCGCCGCUCGCUUCCGUCGUCGUCGUCGUGCCGUCUGACGGCGCGUCCGCCGUACGGCGAACGAUCACCGCGUCAUUCCGAUACGGUGGAUGACUCCGCCACCAACGAAUUUGUAAAAGAAGAAGAGGAGGAGGAGGAGGAGGAGGAGGAGGAGCGGGCGAAGACCGCGCGAGAGUGCCGGCCCGCCGACUAUCGCGCUAUAUCGAUAUCGAGAGUCGAAAGAGGGAGAGACAAUUUUCACACGAUUUUCCUCCGCGGUCACGCGCGGCUUUUUCUCCCCUCGCGGGUUUCUCUCUCUCCCUCGCCGCCGUCGCCACCAUCACCACCCCUCCCCUUUCCCCCCGUUCGUCGCGUCCAUUUUGCCGAAAUGAAAAUAACACCGUUCCCCGCGCUUCUGCUCGCGAUCCUCGUCUGGUGCCACUGCGUGUGCUCGAUCGCGCACGCGAGAUCGCACCGGCUGAAGACAACGACGGCGACGACGACGACGAUAACGUCCGACAAUGGCACCGAGUCAACGGCGUUCGUCGACUGCGACCUGGUCAGGCCGUUCUUCGACACCAAGAACAUCACGCUUUCGCCGGCCGCCGCGGGCUCGCCGAAGAGUACGACAUGCGGCGGCAAGUGCUGCGGCGAAGAGAUGGAGGUGCGUCUGAAGCAACAAGCCCGGGCGGACUUCCACAGUCUGAUCCAUCAUCACAGUAGAAGUCUGCAAGGCCUCCUCGCCACCACCGCCGACGCUCUUAGAGAGACGGUGAUCGUGUUGCUGCGGAGGUCGGAGAACAAGACCAUGGUCAUGUUCGACCACGUGUACCGCUCGAUGGCGGUGCAGAGUAGGUCGUCGAUCCGGGCGCUCUACCAGGCGAUGAUGGACUACGUGUCGCCCGCCAACACCCCGGACAAUCUGCAGCAGCCGCUGACGCGCGAGACGCUGCAGGAGCGCAUCGACGAGUUCUUCACGCGGCUCUUCCCGAUCGCCUAUCACUACGCGAUCAACCCGCAUCAGGACCGGCAGGACUUCACCGACAAGUUCAAGUCCUGCCUGUACGAGAGGAUCGACGACAUACAGCCGUUCGGCGACACGCCACAGAACAUAUUUAAAAAGAUCGGCAAGAGCCUGGAGGCCACCAGGAUUCUGGUGCAGGCGUUAACCCUCGGCAAGACUGUCCUCGAGCGGACCGACAACGUGUUAUUCGGCAUCGGUAACGGUGGCAGCAGCAGUCCUCAACAGGAAGCCUGCUACGACGCCCUGCUUAGAAUGACCUAUUGUCCCAAGUGUAAAGGAAUCGGAAAGGACGUCAGGCCCUGCAGAGGAUUCUGCACGAACGUUGUGAGGGGCUGCCUGACGGAGCCGGCGUCCGAACUGGAUCUCGCGUGGUCCGGUUACGUGGGGACGGUCGAGGGCCUCGUCUCGGCGGUGAGCGGCAAAAGCGAUACCCUCGGCCUGAAUGUCAGGAUCGCCGUCCGGGAGUUGGACUCCCGCAUUUCGGAUGCCAUUAUGCAUGCGAUGGAGGACGGUCCGCGGCUCGAGGAGAAGGUAAGAAAGGUGUGCGGCCGCUCGGAGCUGCUGCCGCCCGACGAGAGGAGCCUAGCGGCGUCCACCACCUCGGACGCAGCUGCGAAAUCGUCGCCGUCGUCGCCGUCGUCGUCGUCGUCCAUCAUCGAGGUGCACGCAGCUGCUGUCGCCGCCGCCGCGUCCUCGUUACCGUCCUCGGCUCACGCACAGGACGACCUGCUGAACGAGUUGCACAAGCAGCUGGUCAACUUCCUGGCGAGCGUCGUCAGGUCCCGCAUCUUCUACGGCACGCUGGCGGACGCGAUCUGCGAGGAUUACCCCGACAAGCACUGCUGGAACGGCGAGCGGAUCGGAGAGUACACAAAAACCGUGGUGGAUUCCAGUCUGAAUGCUCAACGGUACAAUCCUGAGUUCACGAUAACGAUGUCGUCAACGCCGGCCACCUACUCCGGCAAUACGAACACCAGCGCGCUCAUUGACCAAUUGAGGCACAUUAAUCAGGUGGUGCAGUCCCAACUGGCGUCGGACUUCGGGCCCGACGUCUUCCAGGGCGACGAGGCCCUUGAAGGUUCCGGAAGCGGGGACAGUCCGGUUUGGAGGUCACCCGGCAAAGGCGAGAUCGACGACGACGAGGAUGAUCAGGACGACGACGACGAGGCGUCCGGCUCCGGCAUGGGUCCCACUACGACAGACCCGUCGAUGAAGACUCCCGGGCCGCCGCACACUGGAUCAGCGUCGACGAUCUUGCUGUCAUCCAUGGCCCUCGCCGCUAUCAUCUGUGCAUCGCUUAUCGCCUAAUCGCCCGGGUACGAGAGGAAUACAAUCUCGAUCGCGUUUCAGCAUAGACGUGGCGUAGAUAAGGAAAGGGAGAAAGAGAGAGAGAGAUAGUUAAACUAGUUUCUGUCGUCACGAGAGAGGAUUAUUGUUAGCACACACACCCGGAUACCUAAUCCGCUUUUCGCGCGGGAUUCUUCCGGCGUGCGCGAACCGGUCUCGCGAAGCGCCAGCCUCACGGCUAAGGAGAAGGUUCACAGGGGUGGGGGGCGAGCUUUCGCCCGUCGGAAUUGCGUAUACAGGCGCGAUGCCGUUGAUAAUAAUUUAUCGGUGGCGUGUUGUGGGCAGCGAAGCGAACUGUGUUCCUGCCGCGAGAUCGCUGGAAGGACGCCGCGGUUCUCAGUGAUAUAUCGAUGCGCGUAGAAUGUAUGCAUGUACGCGCGUGUAUGUGUGCGUUUGUGUGUAUGAAAGAGAGGGAGAGAGCGAGAGAGAGAGAGAGGGACGGUUUGUAAAAAGUAUACGAUAUAGAAAAAGAGAUGGAAAAGAGCGUACGGGGGCAAAGCGGAAAGAAGCGGCGCUGAGACGUCGCGCUUGCAAAACGCGGCGAUAAAUCUGUUUUCCAGGUGUGGAGUUUUUUUUUCCACGGGAGCGCCAGUUCUUUUUUCCCCUCUCCUGCCCCCCGCCCGCCCCCGUGUGCACGGAUUUAUAUCGAUUUGUACCGCGGAAAACGCUGGUGCGCGCGACGCUUGCCUCGCGGUAGAACGCGAGUGGAAGAAAAAAGUAGAACGCUUUUAAACUAUAUGUAUACAAACACGCGAACUAUUCCCGAAAUGAAUGCGCAAUUCAGGAAAGGGGGCUUUAAGUUUGCGUGAUUCCGCGUGUCGCGUAAACGCGGAUUUCUUUUUGCUAUUUAUAUUGAAGGGAGGCAAGUGACAGCGUUCUGACCUCAAUGUAUCGGGGAAGAUUCGUCGUCGACGUGACAAGUUCAAAACCUAGCUCGAGAAUGCAGGUCAGUAUUUCGUGCAUGUCGCUUCCUUUUGUCGCGAUCAAUUUUAGAAAUUUCAUCGCUCGAAACGAAAGCGAAGUUAUCGGCGAGGAGUGUCGAUAUACAUCGACGUUGCCGCAAGAGAAAUGAUACCGUUCAACGACGAAAUUCUCUCCGAGGUGCCAGAUGGUACGCAACCCCCGAAGAUUCCUCCAACCGUCGCGAUGCUGUUUUGCCGGAAUUCGUCGGAAUUCGUUUGAAUAAAUUAAAGAAAUGGGCGAGAAAUGAUGUUUGGUUACUUUCGAUGGUUUUUUUACCAAGAGAAAAGAACUCGCUUCUAAACGCAGUCAACAUUUAAAUAUUAGUCAGCAUCGUGUUCAGCGGGAAGAAAUCUUCCGGGACGCAGAUAGAAAGAACAAGUGAUUUUUUUGUCGAACCGCGUUAAUUAUUAAAACUGCGAGUCACGCGCGCGUGAUAUAAAUAAGUCGUAGAGACAUAUCCGCGUAGAAAUGCCAAGUACCACCCGUUAUCUCGCCCGACCGACUUCGCGCGUGCUUUCUCGCCAAGACGAGUCGUGCGCGUGGAAACGCAUUGGCCUAAAGAGAGAAAGAGUUUCUCGAACGAGGGGCGCACUCGCGCCGCGGAGAGUGCGUUGAUAUUACGUAAGAAUGCAGGAUAGUCGCGCGCGGCACAGCAGCCAUCGAUCGUCGGCUCCAGGGAGGACAAAACUUCCGAUCCGAAGGUCGACGGGUCCGCUGUCCGACUCCGUUUAUCUUUCGCGAGAGGGGAAAAGUGUGUCGCGCGCGCGGCUCUGAGAAAUGGCUCCGACGAGCGUCGUCUCCUCUUUGCUACGUCGGGUGUACAAUUUUGUUGGUUUUUGCGUUAAAAGCGAACGACUCGCUGGCGCGAGCUUUUAGAGGAAGAUUGUAAUUGCAUAGAGAAUUUACGGAGGGGAAAAA